AUGGGAGUGACAUCCCACCUCGCAGCUCCGCUGCCGACUCCGCUUCCGCCUCUGGAUGACGGAGGUUAUUGGAAAGACUCAACAUGGCAGGUCCUCUUCGCGCUCCUGGACGCUGCGAUCCCACCAAUAGUUGUCGAGACGGCGUUGACCGACAAGAAGAACCAGCUGAAGAUCUCAGAGGAAGAAUACAACGAAUCGUACGCACAUGUCCGGGAAGCGUUGACGCACCCGCCAGAUCUGGACAAGUUCAAGGAGUACCUACGCGCUAGGCCAUCUGACAACCCGCGGUUUCUGCAGAACGUCAGGCGUGUUAUAGCCACGACCCCGGACUCGGCGAAGAAGAAACUGGAGGGUGCGUUGAAUACGAUGACGACGCGGACGGGGAGUCUCUUCUUCACUGGAUAUUGCACGCCUGUUCAAGACCAGCCACUGCAUAUUCGCCAAGCGGUCCUUCAGUCGUGGACGAAGUCCUACUUCGGAAUUUGGCCCAUCCUAGCAAAGUCGAUUAUCGCUCUUGCGAGAAAGGCUUUCAGCCAAGCUGAUCCACUGUACCAGCAACUGAUAGACUACACGGAUCACCCUGAUAGCUACAGGCCAGGACCCGGGUUCGAUUUCAAGUUCAUGCAAUUUGACAAUUCUGAAGAACCGGCGACGGUCGAAACGGAUGUGGUGAUAGUCGGUUCCGGUUGUGGAGGCGCGGUGUGCGCUAAAGUCCUUGCUGAAGCCGGCCACUCCGUCCUCGUAGUCGACAAGGGAUACUAUUUUCCUCCUUCACAACUACCGAUGAAUCAGGAAUCGGGCAGUCACUUCUUGUACGAAGGCAACGGGCUCAUCCAAUCUGAUGACACCUCUAUGGCCAUCCUUGCUGGGAGCUGUUGGGGUGGCGGAGGCACUGUGAACUGGAGCCUGAGCCUACAGACCCAGGGAUUCGUGCGACAAGAGUGGGCUAAUCAAGGGCUGCCAUUCUUUGCAACAGCCGAGUUUCAGAGGUGUUUGGACCGGGUCUGCGAGUACAUGGGAGUCAGUGAUGCACAUAUACGACACAAUCAUGGGAGCGAGGUGAUUCUCAAUGGAUCCCGAAAGCUCGGUUGGAUGGCGAAAGCGGAGCCGCAGAAUACAGGUGGACAAGAGCACUACUGCGGACAAUGCCACUUUGGAUGUGGCUCAGCCGAAAAGCAGGGCCCAACGGUAAGCUGGCUUCCCGCUUCUGCAAAGGCUGGCGCAAAAUUCAUCGAAGGGUUCCAUGCCUCCAAGGUGCUCUUCAGUGAGGAGUCGGGAGCAAAGACGGCAAUCGGUGUAGAGGGAACCUGGCUCGCGCGGGAUAAGGACGGAGGGGUGAGCACGCCCGAAGCAAACCGCGUUCAAAGGUCUGUCCGUAUAAUGGCAAAGAAAGUGAUUGUUUCGGCUGGUUCCUUGCAGAGUCCGUUAUUGCUGCAAAGGAGUGGCUUGAAGAACCGGCACAUUGGGAGGAAUCUUCACAUGCAUCCAUGCAACUACGUGUGCGCCCGGUUUCAUAAGGAUAUCAAACCGUGGGAAGGCGGCAUCAUCACGAGCAUCUGCUCGACAUUCGAAAAUAUGGAUGGCAAGGGGCAUGGAGUGAAGCUGGAAACGAUGAACAUGGUGCCCUAUGUCAUGAUGUCAAACUUUCCUUGGACCAGCGGUUUGGACUUCAAAAUCGACGCGCUGAAGUACAGAAACAUGAAUGGCUACAUCGCAUUGACGAGAGACCGUGAUUCUGGUUAUGUUUUCCCAGACCCUGUUUCGGGCAGCCCUCGAGUCGUCUACAGGGCUUCCGAUUUUGACCGCGCCAACGCGAUGACGGGCGUCAUCGCUCUAGCUAAACUAUGCUACAUCCAAGGCGCCGAGGAAAUAUGGGCGUUCAUACCAGGGACGCAACCCUUUCGGCGCAGCAAGCCCCGGGACGUUGAAGGUGAAAAGAUGGACCACGGGAUUAACGACCCGAGCUUUGUAGCCUGGCUUGAGUCGGUUGAGAAAGCGGGCAACAAGCCCCCGAUCACGCCGUUCGGGUCAGCGCACCAGAUGGGGACUUGCAGGAUGGCGAGCUACGAAGGAGAGGGUGUCGUGGAUUCUCACGGCAAAGUGUGGGAGACGCGGGAUCUGUACGUUGCGGAUGCGAGCGUGUUUCCCAGCGCAAGUGGAGUUAAUCCUAUGAUAACGAACAUGGCUAUUUCGGACUGGAUUGCGAGGGGUAUAGCGAAGGAGUUGUCGCUGGAGAAGGAUAAACAGUGAAGUCACACUGCAAGCCGCGAGACCAGCUUGUUGGAUUGACGGGGACACUUCUGGAAGCACCGUCUCCUACAGGGUUUGCAAGCGGGG